AGCAAGCAAGUACAUCUUCAGAUCUUUUCAGCUCCGCUCGAAGUGUCGAUCAUGAAGCUCAUCAUGGUGCUGGCCCUCGCUGCUUUUACUGCAGGUAGCAAUGCCAACAUCGUGUGGCAAAACCAGCCCAAGCAACAACUUGACAUGGUGAAAGAUGCAUUCUGGGACUACGUGGCAAAGGCAACAUUCACCGCUAGGAACUCUCUGGAUGCAAUCAGACAGUCGGAGCUGGGAAAGGAAGUUAACUCCUUUAUAUCUGAGAGCACCGAUGCCGUCAACAAGCUCACCAUGGCCCUGGACACUCAGGUGACCCCUAUGACCCAGGACCUCUUAGCCAAGUUUUCCCAGGAGGCCGAGCUGCUGAGGGCUCGUGUGGAGAAGGAUGUGAGCACUGUGAGCACCCUGCUGCACCCCUACGCUGAGGAGCUGAAGGCGGACCUCCAGAGGCAGGUGGAGGAGCUCAGGAGGGACAUGGCCCCUUACACCGAGGCCACUAUGGAUGCUGAGAGCCUGAAGGCUUCCCUUCUCCAGAGGAGCGAGGAGCUGAGGGGGUUUCUGGAGAAGAAGAUCCAGGAGCUGCAGACCCAGAUGACUCCCUACAGCGAGGAGCUGAAGCAGAACAUGGAGGAGAACCUGCGAGAGUUUGAGAAGACCCUCAUCCCUCUGACUCAGAACAUCCAGAACCAGGUGGUCCAGAAAACUCAGGAGAUUCAGCAGAACAUGGCACCCUAUGAACGCCAGCUAAAGAAGGUGCUAGAUGUUCAGGCUGAAGAUGUGAGGGAGCAACUGGCUGACCUCUGGAAGUCCUUCACAAAGAUGAUCCAGUAAAUGGACUUACAUAUAAGUCGUCAAGGCCUUACUGAAUAUAGCAUUGAUGACACAUCAUUGCUUUUUCCCUGUGUUUUUUAGUCUGGGCCUCUCUCCAAAUUAAACAAAGGUAGUUGUAAUUGGGACAGAUGAAAAGUGUAACAUACUAAUGGGAAAAAAUCCUUUUACAGUUUAACUACAUUUUAUUUUCAAAUUGUUAAUGUGCUCGAGAAAUGCUAUCAGCCCUUUAAAAAAAAGUAAGACUAUUUAUUUAGCCAUCUGGGUGAA